CUGACAGUAGCCGCUGACAGUAGCCGCUCCACUGCGAACAAAUCAGCAACUUUCUUGUUGCAUUUGGAAAAAUUGCAGACAAAAUUAUUGGUAUCGACCAGAAAUCUGCAAUCGGUGCAGCUCCAGUUUUUGUCCUGUGGACGUUUAUUUCAAAGGUUCCCGUCGUUCUGCUCAGUUUCCAUCUGAUUUUUGCAGCAAAUCGUUUAAUUUCCAGCAGAAUCAGAACAGAAAUCAGAUGAAAUGAAGUUUCGCUGAGCGGUUCUGAUGGAGCGGGCCCCAUCCGGGCCCAGUCAGCAGCAGCCAAUCAGCAGCCAGCUCUGCCUGCUUGGGUCCAGUCAUGUGACCCAGAGUUUAAAUCCAGUCUGACGGCGCCGAGCCGACAGAAGCCUCCAGACGACGGCCGACCUCACCUGGCAACCGCACCGCCUGACCUCCGCUGACCUCCGCUGACCUCCGCUGACCUCUGCUGACCUCUGCUGACCUCCGCUGACUAGAGGAGUUUCUGUCGACGUGAUCAGAGCUGCAGGAGGAAACCAGGUGUCAUCGUCAGCCAUCUUUGUUCUCCGUCGCCAUGCCAACCACCGCUUUGGGCAGGAAACUGGAUUUGUCCAAACUGACGGAUGAAGAGGCCAGACACGUGUGGGACGUCGUCCAGAGAGACUUUGACCUGCGAAGGAAGGAGGAGGACCGGCUCGGCGAGCUGAAGAGUAAAAUCGAGAAGGAAGACACGAAGCGGGAGCUGCUGGGCAGCGGCAGCCGCCUGGCCGAGUCCUGCUGCAUCCGCUGCCUGCAGCCCUUCAGGUUCCUGCUCAGCGUCCGGCGCCGGUGUUUGGACUGCCGGCUUCACGUCUGCGGCUCCUGCAGCCGCUUCAGCAGGAGGGAGCGGGGCUGGCUGUGUGAGCCCUGCCACCUGGCCAGGGUUCUGAAGAUCGGUACGUUGGAGUGGUACCAUGAGAACGUCCGGGCCCGAUUCAAGCGCUUCGGCAGCGCCAAGGUGAUGCGAUCUCUGUUUAAGAGGCUGAGCGGGGAACACGGCGGCUCCCAGAGCGACCCCACAGAGCGCCCAGAGUUUGACACCCGCAGCGAGCCGGAGCGCCACAGUCCUCGUGUCCUGCAGGCGUCCGGCGCUCAGGACGCCAUGAUGCUGGCUGAGCCCGACAUGCAGGACCGGUUCCACCAGAACCUCCAGCAGGACAGCCGGAGUCUGGAGCUGGACUCCUCUGUGUGUCCAGAUGAAAUGGCGUAUGCGGAGGCCCGGACCGCCCCGUUCCGCUCCGCGUCCCGGCUCAGCUACUCGUCCUGCGGCAGCGGCAGCAUCGGCCUGCGGGGCGGCAGCAGCUUCCUGCCCAGCCUGGACGACUCCGAGGCCGAGGACGACCUUUGCCCCCAGGUCCCGGCGUACCGGUCCCACCCGGACCCGGGCAGCCACACGUCUCAGGAGAGCCUGAGCUCAGCCGGCGCGGCGCCGCAGAUCGGUGACCUGAACAAGCGAAUGUCGGCCAUUGAGACGCUGCUGAGCUGCUUGGAGCAGAAAGUGACGUCGGCUAACAGGAAGGACGUCAGAACCGCCCAGAGUCCGUCUCCUCCUCGUCUUCCUCAGUGGGAGGAAGAGGAGCUGGAGGAGCAGCAGCUGCGGCUGAAGCUGCACCAGCUGACCCACAACAUCAGCGACCAGAGCCUGAGCUCUGAGGAGGACGAGGCGGGCCGGAUCCCCAACAGAACCAGGACCAGAACCAGGACCAGGCUGGAGGAGGAUCUGAAGGCCGACCGCCUCCCACCGAGCCCCGACUCGCAGCAGCGCCCCCCGCUGGAGCCGCCCGGAACCGCCUGCAGAGGCUCCGCCUGCAGAGGCUCCGCCUGCAGAGGCUCCGCCUCCUUACUGCUGGAGCUGGAGGACAGAGUGGCUCAGGCGGCCGCCGACGUGCAGAGCGCCCAGAGCCAGGUUUCCUACAUCGAGGAUCGGAUCGCUGCGCUGAGCACCGCUGGAGGUCCAACAGACCGCAGGAGGAGGUCGGCGAUCCCGGUCCGGACUCGGAGUCUCUCCCACAACGUUCCCAGCAGUAAGCGCCGCUCCGCGACUCGGACUGUUAAACUGGAACAUGAGGAAAUGUAAGCUGGAGCAGGAAGUGAUGUCAUCGGCUCGGUGACAGUAACGUCUCUGUGCG